GACCAGGGAGGAUCAGAGAGGCCAGAAGGAUCCUAAGCCGUGCACCCCGCAGCCCUCACCAUCGCCCGCUGUGCUCACCUCUGCUCAGACACACAAGAUGUCCUGCCGUUCCUACAGGAUCAGCUCAGGAUGUGGUGUCACCCGGACCUUCAGCUCCUGCUCGGCUGUGGCCCCCAAAACUGGCAGCCGUUGCUGCAUCAGCGCCGCCCCUUACCGGGGGGUGUCCUGCUACCGGGGGCUGACGGGCUUCAGUAGCCGCAGCCUCUCUAACCUGGGCUCCUGCGGACCCCGUAUCGCUGUGGGCGGCUUCCGGGCCGGUUCCUGCGGCCGCAGCUUCGGAUACCGCUCCGGAGGUGUGUGCGGACCCAGCCCGCCCUGCAUCACCACGGUGUCAGUCAAUGAGAGCCUCCUGGCGCCCCUCAACCUGGAGAUCGACCCCAACGCGCAGGGCGUGAAGCACGAGGAGAAGGAGCAGAUCAAGAGCCUCAACAACAGGUUCGCUGCCUUCAUCGACAAGGUGCGCUUCCUGGAGCAGCAGAACAAGCUGCUGGAGACCAAGUGGCAGUUCUACCAGAACCAGCGCUGCUGCGAGAGCAACCUGGAGCCGCUGUUCAGUGGCUACAUCGAGACGCUGCGGCGGGAGGCUGAGUGCGUGGAGGCUGACAGCGGGAGGUUGGCCUCUGAGCUCAACCACGUGCAGGAGGUGCUGGAGGGCUACAAGAAGAGGUAUGAAGAGGAGGUGGCUCUGAGAGCCACAGCCGAGAACGAGUUCGUGGUUCUAAAGAAGGACGUGGACUGCGCCUACCUGAGGAAGUCAGACCUGGAGGCCAACGUGGAGGCCCUGGUGGAGGAGUCCAGCUUCCUGAAGCGCCUCUAUGACGAGGAGAUCCGCGUCCUCCAAGCCCACAUCUCAGACACCUCGGUCAUCGUCAAGAUGGACAACAGCCGGGACCUCAACAUGGACUGCAUUGUGGCCGAAAUCAAGGCUCAGUACGACGACAUCGCCAACCGCAGCCGGGCCGAGGCCGAGUCCUGGUACCGCAGCAAGUGCGAAGAAAUGAAGGCCACGGUGGUCCGGCACGGGGAGACCCUGCGCCGCACCAAGGAGGAGAUCAACGAGCUGAACCGCCUGAUCCAGAGGCUGACUGCCGAGAUCGAGAAUGCCAAGGGCCAGCGGGCCAAGCUGGAGGCCGCUGUGGCCGAGGCUGAGCAGCAGGGCGAGGCGGCCCUCAGCGACGCCAAGUGCAAGCUGGCCGGGUUGGAGGAGGCCCUGCAGAAGGCCAAGCAGGACAUGGCCUGCCUGCUCAGGGAGUACCAGGAGGUGAUGAACGCCAAGCUGGGCCUGGACAUCGAGAUCGCCACCUAUAGGCGCCUGCUGGAGGGCGAGGAGCACAGGCUGUGCGAAGGUGUGGGCUCCGUGAAUGUCUGCGUCAGCAGUUCCCGCGGUGGAGUCUCCUGUGGGGGUCUCACGUUCAGCACCACCCCGGGGCGGCAGCUUGUGUCUGGCCCCUCGGCCACGGGGGGCAGCAUCAGCGUGCUGGCCCCCGACGCCUGCGCCCCCUGUCAGCCCCGCUCCUCCAGCUUCAGCUGCGGGAGCAGCCGGUCGGUCCGCUUUGCGUAGAGUCCCGGGGUCGCCUGCAUCUGCCAAGCUCGGGAUGGUGUGUGAAUGGAAAAUGUGUGCUUGCUUCCAGAAUCUUCCACAUGUUCCUACAGAGGGAAAAACCCUGGGGCCACUCUCCGUCCCCUCCUCAUUUUAGGGCGUUGCUUCCUAGUUCUCCUCAGCUUCAGUUAGAGAGUCAUUCCCUGCCUUUCGCUUAAGUCCAAUUUGACUCCAGAAUACCUGUGGCCAAUUCGUGUUAUCCAUCAAGCUCUCUGGGACACUACUAGUCACCCAGGGUGCCUGGACAUCAUGGAAGCUUGGCCUUCCCCUGGACAAGGAAUGAGCCCAACUAUCCAGCCGCGUCUCCCACCACCUGAGAACCAAACAGAGAGGAAGCCCCCCACCCCACCUCCAGCAGCUGCCCUCUCCUGGCUGGGGAGAUCUCUGCAGGAAGCUUUUGCCAGGUGGUUAUUUCGUGUUUUGCUUGUCUCUCUGACGGACUGCCUUCUUCUGGGCUAACGUGUUCCAGCCAAAUUCCUCAUGUGACCUCCCAGUUAAGGGGCCCAUUAUGGGGGGGAAUCCUUUUGAUUUUGGACAGCUCUCGCUAUUCAGUGCACCUUUAAACAUUUCAGAGAAAACUCCGUGGUUGCUCCAGAUCUCCCCCUGCCGGCGCAGGGGCGGGGUCUGUCCAGUGCAGAGCGGGUGGGAUGGAGAAGGUCAGGCCACUUCCUGGGUCUCCCUCUGGUUACGACUGUCUGUGGGUACCUUGCCUUCUGGGUUGUCUCAAUCUGUGUUUCAAUAAAUGCUGCUGCCAUGCAAGGAUAUGU